AUGCGUCUUCACCGCGGACACCGGAGGUCCACGUCCAAGGAUUCGACUUGUACAGACGAUUCCAAAAUUUCGGAAGACGGCCGAAGCGACACCUCUCUCUCUAAUGAUGACAACACUCAAGAAGUCGAUGCCGAUCAGGGCAAUGUACUCUCCCACAUCAUCUCCCAUCUCCGCCCGGGAGCCGACCUAAGUAGGAUUGACGACCCCGUCGAGCGAUUCGUCGCCGUCGUCAAGUUCUAUCUUAGCGGCUGGCAUAUCCGCCCUGCCGGAGUGAAGAAGCCCCUCAACCCCAUUCUGGGUGAGAUAUUUACCUGCUACUGGGACGUUGCUGAUGGCAAGCGCGCCUACUACAUCUCCGAACAGACCUCGCACCACCCGCCCAAGUCCUCCUACUUCUACAUAGCGCCCGAUUACCAUGUACGCGUGGAUGGAACCUUGAAGCCCCGAAGCAGGUUCUUGGGCAACUCGGCCGCCAGCAUGAUGGAAGGGGUGGCGUUUUUAAGCUUGCUGAACCGAGGCCAGGACCCUUCCAAAGGCGAACGAUAUCUCCUGACGCAGCCGAAUAUGUACGCCCGCGGGAUCCUCUUUGGAAAGAUGAAGUACGAACUAGGUGACCAGAGUUUUGUUCGCUGUCCCGAGCUCGACCUCGUUGCUGAGGUCGAUUUCAAGACGAAGGGCUGGGUCAGCGGGACCUACAAUGCUAUUGGUGGCGUGAUUAAGCACGAAAGCACCGGCGAGGUCCUCUACGAGCUCUCCGGGCUGUGGAAUGAGGAGAUGUACAUUACCGACCUUGGUGGCGCCGAUAAGACUGGCCAGCAGGAAAUGUUCUUCGACGGUCGCAAAUCGAAGCCGAGCCCCCAUCACAAGAACCAUGAAGUCGCCACUGACGAAAAGACCCUCAUCGAAGAUCGCCAGAGGCAAGAGGCUGCUCUGAGGGCCGCUGAUGAUGUAGAGUGGACCCCCAGGCUGUUUAGGAGAGUACGGGGCGGCCCUGGAGGCAGCGAGGAAGGGGAAGAAGAUCUAGAGUGGAUCAUCAACUCGCACAUCAACCACCAACUUCCACCCGAGGCGAUCGCCGAGCAUGUCAUGUCUAUAUACCCAAUUAUUCACGGCCAGCGACCCAAUCCCUCCCACGUUAUCCCCGCACGUACUCCCGACGUCCGGCCUACGUCCACAGAGGACUACGUUAGCGCCCACGCUCCGCAACAAGGCGGGGAUCUUAUCGAUCUCGGACCCGGAAACGGAGCUGCUGUGUCUGCGAAUGGGGUUUCGGCUAGUGGCGUGGAGGGCUGA